UUGACAUUGCCCGCUGCUGCCCUGCUAUCAUUUUCGUGGUUAGGUUAGGAUUAGUGUAUAUGUGAUGCUUUGUUUCCGUUAUUACAGAAGAAUUGGAUAGAAAGUGAUAGCUUGCGAUUGAUGAAAAACGGGGAGUAGUUAAUUAGAUUCUUCAACAAAUGUAUAUUAAAUCGAGACAUGACACAAUGUUACAAAAAUCAUAAAACAUAAAAAUGAGCGACAGAUAUAUUCAUCGUCCGCGUAUCGCUUAAACGUGAUGAAAAUGACGUAUCCCGGAUUAGUAUUACUUGUCGGAGUUGGAGUUGGAAUAGCGACUUUUCUGUAUUAUGUGUUCACUGAAAAUAACCGCACGGAUGGACAAUCGUUAUCGUAUUCGAGAAACAGAAGAUCAUCCGAAGACCACUAUGACGACCGCUCUUGGUCAACAUCGUCGCAUCCAACUGAAAAUGCACUAUUAAAUAGAAGAAGUUCAUCAAAUUCUUCGAAAAGUAAAGAAAGAAGAGACCUCGCGACAAGUAAAGAUGAUAUAAACAAUUGUUCAAUCUGCCAAUAUGCAUUAGUUGAUUCGGAUGUAAUACAAUUGCGUCCUUGUAGACAUAAUUUUCACAAGGAUUGCAUUAAUGAAUUGACAAAAUAUGAUCCUGGGGCCCUUUGUCCUAAUUGCAGAAGAAAAUUUAGGCCCGCGAUAUAAAUACGUCGUAUAUAUAUGCAAUACUCUGAAUCAUUUUUUACAGUUAUUUAUAAAUAUUAAUUAUUACAUGGUUGUUUCAAUUUU